AUGGCGGAGAUUGAGAUUCGACCAAUGAGGCUGGACGACGAGGAAGCGGUGAGAAAGCUGGUGUGUGAGGAGUACAUGGUACGAGAACCUCUGCAGCGGAACCUGGAGAUGGAGCCGGUUCGGGACGGAAACGCAUGGUUCGACAUGGUAUUUCCGGCCUGUCUGAAGGAAGGGCUCUCAGUGGUUGCUGUGGAUUCUGUCUUCGGAGAUGUGGUCGGUUUUAGAUGUGUGAUGUCUGUUUACAAGGACAACCCGCAACACUUCAAUUUUUCCAAAUCCGACCCGAACACCCGAAGCUUGGCUCUGACCUAUGAGGCUGUCUUUGGCCUUUAUAAAGAUUUAGAUAUUUUCACAAGAUACGGUGUGGACAAAUACGUGAAUAUGACAGGUCUGUGUGUGGCUCAGAAAUACGGACGACAAGGAAUUGCGGUCAAAAUGGUGGCAAUGGCCCUAGACCUGAGCCGAAAACAGAACUUCCGUGUGGCCACGGUGGAAACGAGUAGCCGAUAUUCCGCUCGGGUUUUUGAGAAGUUGGGAUUUGAGAAAUUGGUAGAGCAUCCAUAUGACACAAUGGUGCUGGAUGGAGAAUCCAUGAAAAUGACAGACGACAUGAAAUAUCAUUACUGUUUCUCGCUUUAUGUAAAAGAGCUUUAG